GAGUGGCCGCACAAUCUUCACCGGAUUCGGUAUCGAAUGUUGCUCCGCUACUUCACACGCUGACAUUGUCGUUCAAUUUAAUUCCUUGAUCCCUAUGCUUGGCAUAGGUCUGGUAUCUUACUCCGGAUCACACGCCUCCGCCUUUUACGAGAAGUACUUGGACUCGGAAAUAGAAUUCCAAUUUCCCAUGUCAGAAGGUGCUGGCGAUGAUUUCAUUUCGCUCCGCCGGGUUCGUCUGAGCUGUCUUCAUGAAUACAUUGGAGGGCCAGUCUGGGUGUUCUGCCGGGGAAACGCCGAGAUGACGCGCGAAAGAACAUUGGUGACUUCAGUCGAAUCGAUGGCUGAUCUAUGGGGCCCAUUGAGAAGAUCCUAUUCGCGCGAAGGAUUGAUUGGGCAAAUCGAACUCGAACGAGGUACUAUAGUGGAUCUGAGACCCGAGGCAGGCAAAGAAGAAACCGUCAGUUGUCAUUGGUUUAAGUUGGGCGAGCAGCUACCCGAGUCCUCUUUUCCUUUCAAGGACACAGCAGUACUUGCCAUCGGGUCAUCAUCUGUCAUAUCUUCUACUCAUACCAUGGCGACGGCGCAAUGCCAUGUGGGCUUGGACUACCGGGGGCUCGGGCCAAAACUGCGGGAAACGAGUGAGUUCACAUUCCUUGGGGUUGAACGGCCGAAUUGGGCAGCCGAUACAGAAAGUGCAAAUGUGGGAUUCUCCAAGUUCGUCAAUAUGAGUGCUGGGGUGAGUUUCAAGGGGAUGCCGGGGCGGUCAAUGAAAUCCGUGCUCUUGUUCCUAUGGCAGGAUGACUAUCCGGAUCCGCAGACGCUCCAAGUGAGAAUAGGACUGGAGAUUAGUGCAAGGACAGGAAAUGCACUCCGAGUGCCUCUAUCGAAAUUGUUUCGGUUGGAAAACAUUCAAAAUUCCGUGAAGCGCGUUUUCCCGGACCAGUUGUCUCGGCCGACGGACACAAAAUCCUUCCAAGACGCAUUCACUCAUGAUUUCCAUGGGUUCUUGGAGAUGUGGUCUGCCGAUGCUGAAAAUUCGUUCCUCUGCGAGAGCCAUCAUAAGGAAUAUUCUAUCCAACCUACAACAUACAGGACCAGCCGGAGGAGGCGAUCUCCGCGCCUGGUAUGUCGAGAGCGGUGGAUGCUUGCAAAUCCGAAAAUGUGACCGACACCCCUGGCUUGCGCUAUUGCAAGAAUCCGAGUAUAUGGCGUCAGUUGCUGUCAUAAGUCCACGGCACAUCCACUCCUCUGGACGCCACUGACCUUU